CAGGGGGUGUUUAACCCUUACUCUGCUCUUGUGGUGUAACAAUGAGGGGGAAAUGAAUUAGGAGUUGUGUCUGGAGUACCUGACUGGGGGUCUGGGUGGCACAUGUAGGGGCAUGUCUGGGCGGGUUCCCUUCCCGGGUCAUUAUAGCCCGUGUGUAGUAGGGCUCAGUCUGUAGAGCAACUGGAGCCGCCGAGGAAUCAUCUGAGCCCCCUUCUUCUGCUCAGGGCUAGUAAGGAGUCUAAUAAGGAACAUUUGGGCAGAUUUGAGUCAUUUUCAUUUGAUGGUCAGGAGACAGAGGAAAAGACAUCCCUGCCUAGACUUGCUGAGGAGUGGAAGGUAUGGCCUCUAAUGUGCAAUAUCAGGAAUGGGACGAAACUACUGCCUUCUACUUACAUAUAAAUGGAUCACAGACAUAUUUGGAGGUAUCCAGCACGUUACCGGAAGUGAAUAGGAGCUACGUUGGCAGUAGCACCCCACAGAUGGAGCACUACAGCCCAGAGUCAAUGGUGACCCUAAUAGUUAUGGCUCUUACCUUCGUUGUGGGGGUGCCUGGGAAUAUCCUUGUUAUCUGGGUGACGGGUAUCAAGAUGAGGAGGACAGUGAAUACAGUUUGGUUUUGUAACCUUGCCGUGGCCGACCUUAUCUGCUGUUUGUCUCUUCCUUUCUCGAUGGCUCAUGAGAUCCUCCAUAACGCCUGGCCAAACGAUUCCAUCUCCUGCAAGGUGUUACCCUCCAUCAUUAUCCUCAACAUGUUUGCCAGCGUCUUCACUCUGGUGGCCAUAAGCGUGGAUCGCUAUAUUCUGGUAGUCAAGCCAGUGUGGGCCCAGAAUCACCGCAGCGUGCCUCUGGCUUAUCUCCUGUGCUUGGUCAUCUGGCUCGUGUCCCUAACGUUGUGCCUCCCCGUGUUCAUGUACCGAACAAUCACAUAUUACAAUAACCACACCUACUGCGGCUACACCUACAAGCAAGUGGAGGGAGAUUUUGAAUAUAGUGGUUUAGAAGAGGAUUAUGAUUUUGGCAACUAUACUUAUAAUAAUUUUGCUCAUGAUAAUUCGGAUGUGGAACCCUCAGGCCAUGAAACUUCCGUUGCCAUCACUAUAACCCGAGUGAUCUUUGGCUUCUUCUUGCCUCUGCUCGUUAUCCUUUUCUGCUAUAUCCGACUCAGCUGGAAGGUACAAAGUGGACGCUUUGCCAACGUAGGCCGAAAGACACGCAAGGUGGUUAUUGCUAUCGUGCUGGCCUUUUGCAUGCUGUGGACCCCCUACCACGUUAUCGGAAUUGCUCUCGAGUACAUCAGUAGUUCCACCCUGACGCGUCUCGACCACUUGUCCCAGGCAUUGGCCUACAGCAACAGCUGCAUCAAUCCCAUCAUUUAUGUUUUUAUGGGUAAGGACUUCAAGAGCAAGAUGUCCAAGUCGAUACGGGGGCUGCUGCAGAGUGCACUUACUGAGGAAAUUACAAGAACUACCGGUGGCAGCAAGAGCAGAGAGAGUGCCCGUUACAGCUCAAUGUUAUAGGCCAAUAUAAAGACCAUACACUUUAAAAGCAACAAUCAGUAUAUGACAUUAAUCAUGGAUAUUGUCAUUCUGCCAGUCUCUGUGGGGUUCACUUUAUGCCAGAGGAGAAUGGGCCUGUGCUCAGCUUAAUACAAGUGAUAAGUGAUUGGCUGGCUCACUUUUAUAUUGUAUAUAUUGUAUAUAGUAUGAAGCAUUUUUCCUGCAUUUUGUAUUUUUUUUUUCUUUGCAGCAAACACCUAGCAACCAAUUCCCAAACGGUUGGGCCUACGUCAGUGACCAGGAAGGUAUGCUCUACCUAAAGGCCAGUUAGGGUGAGAUUUGGGGAAAAUUUUUGCUACCCCUGACAGCCCAGGUCUAUUCUACUGAGUACUGGGGGGGAACACUUUUGCCAUCCCAUAUAUGUAUUUGGUCUAAUUGCUAAUGCGUAAGGGUGAAGACACACAGACAAUGUUGAUCAUUUACUGAUAACUGUCUCUACGUGUUUUAGCAGAGGCAAUUCGCAGUAUCGUCUGUGGCAAGGGAUUUUCUGGAGUUUAGUAGCCUUGAAAAAGUAGCAGCUACUAGUAGCCCAGUGUGUCUUCACCCUAGGGGAAGUGGUACACGGGGAGAUUAGUCGCCCCGUGACAAAUCUUCGUUGUCGCAAGUGACUAAUCUCCCCGCAAUCUCGCCCAAAGUUGUCUUGAGAGGAAACUUUGGGCGACUGUGGGACGUCGCAGCAGCGCAUAUGCCAUCCCACCAGAGAUUUACAUUCUAGCCAGUGGGAUGGCAUUGCCCCGCGACUAAUCUCCCCAUGUACCACUGCCCUAAACGUUUCCCUGUAUCUGUAACCUUAUCAGCUCAGUGAGAACUUGAACCAAAGCAGCCCAGCAACCACUGUCCUAGAGGCUUAGAUAAGUGUUUUACAACUUCCCAAAUAAAGUAAAUAGGCAGUACUCAAACCCUUGCACCUUGGCACAAACUGCCUCAUAACAAGAUUAACAUUUUAACAAUUAUUAAAUUGCUGAUGUGAUAAACGUUGAGGAAAAUAAAACAUAAAUCAGA